CGGCCGCCGCCGCCAUGUCUUCCGGGGCCAGCGUGAGCACCCUGCAGCGCCUGGUGGAGCAGCUCAAGCUGGAGGCCAGCGUGGAGAGGAUCAUGGUCUCUCAGGCUGCGGCAGAGCUUCAACAGUACUGCAUGCAGAAUGCCUGUAAGGAUGCUCUGCUGGUUGGAGUUCCAGCUGGAAGCAACCCCUUCCGAGAGCCCAGAUCCUGCAUUUUACUCUGAAGACUUGGAAGAAGUUUGUUGAGAAAUGCCUUCGAGCACAAAGUAAUGAAUGACUGACUCCAAGUCUCAAGAAAACACUUUUCUUUAGCCAAAUGACUGAGACAUUUCAGACCUUUCCAGUGUCCUGAUCUUACAGCCAAAAUUCUACAGAAAUUAAUGAUUUUCUACUCAAAUAAGGAAACUGAGUGAAGAAAUAGAAUUGUUUUAAGUAAUAAUGGCUUGGUUCUUCUGAAGAAGUGCUUUGUAUUAAGAUAAAAACCUUACCACCAAAUAUACCAAAAUACACCUCUUUAAUAAGUGAGUUACUGGUGUUGCUAUACCUAGGAUAUCAUGUAUGUUUUAUUAACUGGAUGUUUACAUUUUAGGAAGGAAAACACUUUUGUUUAUUAAAAAAA